AUUGACAGCCUGGAGUGAACUCCACGUUACGUACUACGGGUAGGGUCCAGUAGUUGCCCAGUGGAUUGCGCUGAGCUUCCAAGAAGAAUUGUACGGAGUACCGUUGUGUAUACACCCAAACCACUGCACGGCCAGCCAGCCAACCACAACAGGAACAGAACCACCUGUUCUCCAAGCUGCCCCUAACCAGGCCUGGCCAAGAACAACCUGAAAUAUCCAGCUUCACCACGGCACUACACACUACAUGCCAGUCCACAUGAUACCACACCCACAAUGUCCACCCCAAUAACCCAUACCUCUUUUCCUCCCAAACCCUCCCCCUCCCCCUCCCCCUCCCCCCCUCCCCCAAGCAAAAGCAAAAGCAAAAGCAAAAGCACAAUCUUCACCCCCGGCAAGAUCUACCCCCUCGCCCUCCUCCUCCGCCUGACCCUGCUGCUCUACGGCACCUACCAAGACGCCCACUCCGCCCUCAAAUACACCGACAUCGACUACCUAGUCUUCACCGACGCGGCGCGCUUCACCGCCGCCGGCGGCAGCCCCUACGACAGAGCCACCUACCGCUACACCCCGCUCCUGGCGUGGGUCCUCCUCCCCACAACGUGGACCGGGGCGGGGUGGUUCGCCUUCGGCAAGGUACUGUUCGCGGCAGCGGACGUGGUCGCGGGGUGGUUGCUGGCGCGGACGCUGGCCGUGCACCAGGGGAUGGCACCCGCGCGGGCGCUGCGGUACGCCAGCGUGUGGCUGCUGAAUCCCAUGGUGGCCAAUAUCAGCACGCGGGGCAGCUCGGAGGGGGUGUUGGGGUUGCUGACUGCCGGGGUGGUGUAUUUGGUUCUUGGCAGGGGCAUCGGUCGAGUGAUCGCCGCCGGGAUCGUGUUGGGGGUAGGCGUGCACGUCAAGAUCUAUCCGUUCGUGUAUGGGGUUUCUGUGCUGCUGUUUCUGGACGGCCACCGGCAUCCGAACCAGAAGAAUCAGAAGAGAGGAUUCCUGCACCGUCUCCGAAACGAAAUCACCCCAUCCCGCCUCACCUUCACAGCCUCCGCCCUCCUCACGUUCCUGGGCUUAAACGCCCUCAUGUACCACCACUACGGCCGGGACUUCCUGCAGCACACCUUCCUGCAUCAUCUCACCCGCGUCGACCACCGCCACAACUUCUCGGUCUAUGCUUCUUUGCUGUAUGAUUCUGCUGCUGCUACUGCUACCGCCGCAGUCCGCAUCGAAAGCUGGGCCUUCCUCCCGCAACUCCUCCUCUCCGUCCUCGUGAUCCCGUUCGCACUCGCCAAACGGUCUCUGCCCGGGGCCAUGCUGGCGCAGACGUUUGCGUUUGUGGCGUUUAACAAAGUCUGCACGAGUCAGUACUUCCUCUGGUAUCUGAUCUUCCUGCCGCUGUAUCUGCCGUACUCGUCUUUCUUACGAAAGCCGCGGCUCGGGGUGGGUGCGUUGGGCGCGUGGGUUGUUGCGCAGGCCCUCUGGCUGCAACAAGGGUAUAACCUCGAGUUCCUGGGGCUGUCGACGUUCGUGCCGGGGUUGUUUGUGGCGUCGCUGGGGUUCUUCGCGGUCAAUGUGUGGAUUCUCGGGGUAAUUGUGCAGGAUGUUGGGGGGUUGGAGGCCGGGGGUGGUGGGUACUAG